AAUACACGUAUUAUAUGUACUUUAUUAUUAUAUAUAUUUAUAAAAACUUUACAGCCUACGCGCGUUGCACCGUUACCGUGCCCUAUAUUUCCAUCAGCAAAGUCCAAGAUAAACAUAAUAAUAUUUUCACUCGCAUAUCUCUUCCAGUCUCUGAAUAAUAUUCAUUUCAACCACGCCUCCCACGCCUAUCUAUAGCAACUGCACAAAGUUUAACGUAAAUUUGUGAUUUUUUUUUGCUUGCCCAUACCAUAUCUAUAUAUAUUGUAUUCGCUACACCCGUCGCACAACAUCCAUACACGACUGACGGGUCGAACUAAAACGGACGCAUAACGCGUAUUCAUACACUUAUUUAUAGACUUCUGCAGCAUCAUAACCGGAACUAUUUACGAUAAUUUGUACAUUAUCGACGACUGCAGCAGCAACGAUAUAUUAUAGACGGAAAUAAAUUGGUCCAAAAUAUGUGGUAAAUAAUGAGACUACAAGGAGACAUGGAAUCAACCGAUGACGAGCUUGACCAGAGUGUGUUCGAAAACAAAAAUGGCCUAGCUGACGAUAUGGCGUUUCUGGCCAGUAUGCCCGAAUUAUGUGAUGUAACUUUUUUGGUCGGCGAUACGAGAGAACCAGUGUGUGCUGUAAAAGCAGUCUUAGCUGCAAGGAGUCGAGUAUUCCAUAAAAUGUUAUAUCAGCCACCGAGCCCUCAAAGAAAAAAAGAAGUUUUACCCAAAGAGACUACAAAACUAAGACGGCCUACAUUUCUAAAACGAAGCAGUGAACCGCUUCUCAAUGUAAAAAAUGCCAAUACACAAACUCAAUCCAAUCAACAUCAAACAGUCGUAGUUGAUGAAUUCGAACCAGACGUAUUUCGCCAACUUAUUGAAUAUAUACAUACUGGUUGUGUAACUUUGCAACCCAGAACAUUAUUGGGAGUACUGAAUGCAGCGGAUUAUUAUGGCCUGGAAGAUCUGCGGAAGGCAUGCACGGGCUUCGUUCAGUGCUGCAUAAAUGUGGACACGGUCUGCGCACUAUUGUCAUCAGCAGAGCGGUAUAUUCAAUACAAAUGUACUAAAAGUCUCGUUCAGAAGGUUUUGGAGUUUGUUGACGAACAUGGAAACGAAGUGUUAAACCUUGGAUCAUUCGCUCUACUACCACUACACGUGGUCCGGUUGAUAUUAAGCAGAGAUGAACUAAAGGCAGACGAAUUCACUAAAUUUCAGGCCGCACUUAUGUGGACAAUGAAAUAUGGUGAUACAAAUUCAAAUGUUGACUGGAAAGAAGUUUUUGUCGAAAAUUUUAUGUCGUCCAUUCAAUACCACAAAAUACCGGCUAAUGUACUGAUGAAUGAAGUGGAACCUUUAAAACUGGUUCCAUACGAAGUGAUCAUGACAUCAUUAGCAUAUCAGGCAGACCCCUCCUGUGUCGAUCCCGACAAAUUGAAGAGGGCCUUGAGAAUGGGUAAUUAUCAUGGACUGAUGGGCAUCAGUAGUACAAUUGGCACCGUAACGGCUGAAAGAACCAUGUCGGUGCAGAGUUCAGGCACACAUCAUGGUUCCAGCUCGACUAUUAGCUCCAUUGGAUCUAGCGAUCUAGUUGGUUCUGACAAAACUUGAUCCGAGAGAACUCCAAGUUCAUAGGCGUGCGCAUUAGCCUUAACCUUGGUUUUAUUUUAAACAAAAACUUCCAUUUUGUUAUUGAUUGGAUAUUGCGUCUAAUUAAUUAUAAAUUAUAAUUAUUAUUAAAUUCUUAUUGACAUUAAACAAUCAGAUUUAUUCUAAUAAAAAGACUGUGAUGGUUACUAAAAUGAAUUUUACUUGAAAACAACAAUAUCAUAUUAUUAUAUAUACAAUUAUUAUUAUUAAGGACCAAUUAUAAUCUAAAGUUACCUUUAACAAUAAUGUGAGCAUAAUAUAAUUUUUAAUAUACAUUUCAAAUCCUAUCCGCGCACGCCUAUGCUCAAAAAUAAAAGCAUUUUAACAAAAAUGAAUUAACUUGAGAUCCGUAUAAAGUUCUAUUUAAAUUGACGCCAAUCUAAUUAUUAAAAUUCAAAUAAUCACCAUAGGUAACCAAUGAGAUGUUUAAUUAUUUGAAUUAUUUAAUAUACAUGAUACAUUAUUGUACCUAUUAGGUAUUUA